AUGGGAUGCUCAUCCCAUAUGUCUGCCAUUUACAAAGCACUCCAAUCCAAGUCCACAAAGGAUGCUUCGGAAAAGACCAAGCACAUAAAUAGACAGCGACUUCUUGUGAUCACAUCGCGUGGGGUCACUUAUCGUCAUCGUCAUCUUAUCAACGACUUGGUUUCAAUGUUGCCGCAUGCUAGAAAAGAACCUAAGUUUGAUUCAAAGAAGAAUUUGUAUCAGUUGAACGAAGUCGCUGAAUUAUACAACUGCAACAACAUAUUCUUUUUCGAAGCCAGAAAACAUCAAGAUUUGUAUUUGUGGAUUUCAAAGCCCCCUAAUGGACCAACUUUCAAGUUCUACAUCCAGAACAUGCACACUUUGGAUGAGCUCAAUUUCACUGGUAAUUGUCUCAAGGGUUCCAGACCAAUUUUGUCUUUCGACAAGCUGUUCACUCAAGGGGAACACAACAAGUUGAUGAAGGAGCUUUUGAUUCAAACCUUCGGCGUCCCCCCCAAUGCCAGAAAAUCCAAACCUUUCAUCGAUCACGUUAUGACUUUCUCUAUUGUCGACAACAAGAUUUGGGUCAGAAAUUAUCAAAUCAAUGAGACUGUCAAUGUUAAAGAAAAUGUGACCGAUGAAGUCGAUACUGACGAACUCAACUUGGUUGAAAUUGGUCCUCGUUUUGUCAUGACAUUGAUUACCGUGUUGGAAGGUUCUUUCGGUGGACCCAAGAUCUACGAAAACAAGCAGUAUGUGCUGCCAAACUUUGUGCGUGCUCAAAUCAAGCAGCAAGCAGCGCAACAAGCAAGAUCCAGAGCUGAAGCCGCUGCUGAAAGAAAGCAAAAGAAGCGGGAUGCCAUUUUGGCCCAAGAUCCUUUGGGUAAUGAUGCCUUAUUUAAAGAAUAG